CCAUCUCACUGGUUUCUGGCUCUCAUAUACAGAGACAAAAGAUAAAGGGGUGGGGUAGCCUUUCCGGCAUGUGGAGCAUCAAAGGCACUAUGAAAGCCUAGGGUGCUGUGGUUCACAGCCUUCACAAACUCAAAACUAUCUAUCCUACCACAAAUGAAGGUGAUAACUGGUUAUGCAUGUUCCUGAUUCCAUUUUAUCUCUUAACUACCCUCAAUCAUCAUCACCUUUAAAAUUACCUAUAUUUUCUAAAAAAAACCUGCUUAAAAAAACAAAUGGUUAUAAUCAGUGGUAUAACCUUCCACUAAAAAAAGCGAUGAACCUAGUCCCCUACCUUUAUAUCAAGAACAUGAGCAGUAAUCUGUCUUAAUACUUGGUGGAAAGUCACUUUAACUUCAACAUUAUUGUUACAGUUCUUGCCUAUAAAAGGGGAAGCUAGUUCCAAGACAUCCAAGUUGUGGGUUGAAGCUUGCAUUAGCAUAGAAGACAAAGGCAUUCUUACACCUUACUUCUCUCCUGUCUUUCUUUUUCAGCAUUGUUUUGCUCUUUUUGCUGUUGAGUUACAGAAAAUGGAAGGGAAGAUGAGUUGGACAGUGGCGGAUGCGAUGGACUACAAGGGUUUCCCUGCUGACAAGUCCAAAACUGGUGGCUGGAUUCCUGCUGCUCUCAUUCUAGGGAUUGAGAUCUGUGAGAGGCUUUCAACAAUGGGAAUUGCAGUUAACCUUGUGACAUACUUGGUUGGCACAAUGCAUUUGCCAAGUUCAACUUCAGCCAACGUAGUAACAGAUUUCAUGGGCACAUCUUUUCUCUUGUGUUUGCUUGGAGGCUUUCUUGCUGAUUCAUUCCUUGGCAGAUACAAGACAAUUGCCAUAUUUGCCAUUAUACAAACACUGGGGACUGGCACAUUGGCAAUAGCUACAAAACUGCCACAGCUACGCCCGCCACCAUGCCAUGCAUCUGAUUCCCAUACAUGCAAACCAGCCAAUGGUUUUCAGAUGGGAAUUUUGUACAUGGCUCUAUAUCUAAUUGCACUUGGUACUGGUGGCCUAAAAUCAAGUGUCUCAGGAUUCGGAACUGAUCAAUUUGACGAAAAAGACGAAAAGGAGAAAGCCCAAUUGGCCUAUUUUUUCAACAGGUUCUUCUUCUUCAUUAGUACUGGAACCUUGAUGGCGGUCACAGUACUAGUCUACCUACAAGAUGAAGUUGGUCGAAGCUGGGCUUAUGGAAUCUGCUCUGUCUCCAUGUUUGUAGCCAUCUUGGUAUUUUUAACAGGGACUAAAAGAUACAGAUACAAGAAAAGCUUGGGAAGUCCUAUAGUUCAGAUUUUCCAAGUUAUUGUAGCUGCAAUAAAUAAAAGGAAGAUGGAUCUCCCUUACAAUGUUGAGCUAUUAUACGAGGAUACACCUAAAGCUACAAGAAUUCAUCACACAGAUCAUUUCCACUUCUUGGACAAGGCUGCUAUUGUUGCGGAAGGAAAUUUUCAAAGAUAUGCUGUGUCUGCUCCAAACCCCUGGAAACUUUGCUCAGUCACAAGGGUGGAGGAAGUGAAAAUGAUGGUGGGGCUUCUGCCAAUAUGGGCCACAACCAUCAUAUUUUGGACCACUUAUGCACAGAUGAUCACCUUUUCAGUGGAGCAAGCCUCCACCAUGGAAAGAUCAAUUGGAGGUUUCCAAAUUCCUGCAGGUUCCCUCACUGUCUUCUUUGUGGCAGCUAUAUUGAUCACUCUUGCUGUUUACGACCGUCUCAUUAUGCCAUUUUGGAAGAAAUGGAAAGGAAAACCAGGUUUUACCAACCUACAGAGAAUUUCCAUAGGCCUAGUCCUGUCAAUUUUUGGAAUGGCAGCUGCAGCAGUGGUUGAGAAGAAAAGACUAGCAGUAGCUAGAGCUGCGGGUGCAACCACAGCAGCCCUGCCAGUAAGCGUGUUCUUACUGAUUCCACAAUUCUUCCUAGUGGGUGCUGGUGAGGCCUUCAUAUACACAGGACAGCUUGAUUUCUUCAUUACUCAAUCUCCCAAAGGAAUGAAAACCAUGAGCACUGGUCUGUUCCUCACAACUCUAUCUCUUGGUUUCUUCGUCAGCAGCUUCUUGGUAUCAGUAGUGAAAAAAGUGACAGGAAGUAAAGAUGGGCAAGGAUGGCUGGCUGAUAACAUAAACCAUGGUAGACUUGACUGCUUCUAUGGACUUCUAGCCAUUCUAGGCAUCAUAAAUUAUGCGCUAUAUCUUAUUUGUGCAGUUUGGUACAAGCCAAGGAAACCAAAACCUGCCCUACAGAUGGAGAACAUUGUUAAUGGCUCCUCUGCAGAGAAUAAGUGCUAGGCUUCUUUAGGAUUGCAUAUUAUGGGUGUUCUUCUAACUUUUGUCGCCUUUUUGUAAGAAUUGUUGCCAAAUUUCUUGGAUUAAAGUAAUUUUGGUUUGAUAUUGAACUUGCUGGAAAAUAGUGCUUGCAUAGAUUACACUCACGCACAAUCAAUACCAACACUAACUAGAUGAAGAUUAGAGAACAAAUAUUCCCUGUUGAAUCAAACAAAG